CGCAGCCACCGAUGUGUGUGCUGGGUGGGUUUGGCCGCGCUGCCCACCCCCUCCCCCCCUCGGGAGGAGGGCCCAGCGAUGCUCUGUGACCGUGCCGCCUCCAUGUGGUUGCUGACGGGCCCAGGGGGGAGCAGGCAUGGGGCGCGGCCGCACCUCCCUCCCACCCCUCCUCGCGGAUGGCUGGCUAGGCGAUGAGCAGACGUGAGGGGCUAGCCGGCUGGCCGGCUCUGCAGGACUCUGCCUGGCUCCCGAGCGUCGGUCCCUCCGCGCCCGGGGCAGGAGCGGCUGUGCGCUGGGCUCAGAGGCCAGGCGGACGAGCGCAAACCCUGGGCUUCGCUAUGGGGUACAACAGCAGCUGGGUGUCACCGAACACCAGCCACCCGCGCAACACGUCGGGCGCCGAGGCUGGCGCCAACCUCAGCGCGUUCGGGGAGCUGAGCGAGGCUCAGCUGUACCGCCAGUUCACCACCACCGUGCAGGUCGUCAUCUUCAUUGGCUCGCUACUGGGAAACUUCAUGGUGUUAUGGUCAACUUGCCGCACAACAGUGUUCAAAUCUGUCACCAACAGGUUCAUUAAAAACCUGGCCUGCUCCGGGAUUUGUGCCAGUGUGGUCUGUGUGCCCUUCGACAUCAUCCUGAGCAGCAGCCCUCACUGUUGCUGGUGGAUCUAUACGAUGCUCUUCUGCAAGGUGCUCAAAUUCCUACACAAGGUGUUCUGCUCUGUGACUGUCCUCAGUUUUCCUGCCAUUGCCCUGGACAGGUACUAUUCAGUCCUCUAUCCUCUGGAGAGAAAAAUAUCUGAUGCCAAGUCUCGGGAGCUAGUGAUGUACAUCUGGGCUCAUGCAGUGGUGGCCAGUGUCCCUGUGUUUGCUGUGACCAAUGUCGCUGACAUCUAUGCUAUGUCCACCUGCACGGAAGUCUGGAGCAACUCCUUGGGCCACCUGGUGUAUGUUCUGAUCUACAAUGUCACCACGGUCAUUGUGCCCGUGGCUGUGGUAUUUCUCUUCCUCAUCCUGAUCCGGAGGGCCCUGAGUGCCAGCCAGAAGAAGAAAGUCAUAAUUGCUGCACUGAGGACCCCACAGAACACCAUCUCUAUCCCCUAUGCCUCCCAGCGAGAGGCAGAGCUACAUGCCACCCUGCUCUCCAUGGUGACAGUUUUCAUUCUCUGCAGUGUACCCUAUGCCACCCUGGUUGUCUACCAGACUGUGCUCAACGUACCUAACACCUCUGUCUUCUUGCUUCUCACGGCCAUUUGGCUGCCCAAAGUCUCUCUGUUGGCCAACCCUGUGCUCUUCUUAACUGUGAACAAAUCGGUACGCAAGUGCUUGGUGGGGACCCUGGUGCAGCUGCACCACCGGUACAGUCGCCGCAAUGUGGUUAGUACAGGGAGUGGGGUGGCUGAGCCCAGCCUUGAGCCCAGCAUGCGCUCGGGUAGCCAGCUCUUGGAGAUGUUCCACAUUGGGCAGCAACAGAUCUUUAAGCCCUCGGAGGAUGAGGAAGAAAGUGAGGCCAAGUAUCUCGGCUCAGCCGAUUUCCAGGCAAAGGAGGUGCUCACUUCCUGCCCCGAGGGCGAGCAGGAGCCACCACAGCUUGCACCGUCUGUGCCACCUCCAGGCACAGUGGACUCUGUACCUCGGGUGUCCCCAGUAGCUCCCAUAGAAUCUGGGAUAUUUCCUGAUAAGUAUUCCCUGCAGUUUGGCUUUGGGCCUUUUGAGUUACCCCCUCAGUGGCUCUCUGAGACCCGAAAUAGCAAGAAGAGGCUGCUUCCCCCACUGGGCAAUACCCCAGAAGAGCUGAUCCAGACAAAGGUGCCCAGAGUGAACAGGGUGGAGCGGAAGAUGAGCAGAAACAAUAAAGUGAGCAUUUUUCCAAAGGUAGACUCCUAGCAAGACCUGUGAGGGCCUGGAAGCCACAGGGAGCUUGUGUAUUCCUGCUCCCCCCUCACUCUGGCUGCAAGCCACCGUGGGGCGACAACUCCUCUAUGGGGCAGAUGCUUCUGAGUAAAAGGGAAGUCUACAUAAAUCCAAUGUCCUCUUUAUUGAGGGAGUAUAUAUUAUCUAUCUUAGUGGUCUGUGUCCUUCGUCACAUUCAGUGUAAGGUGGGCAGAACGGAACAUUUUUCUGGGAGAUUCCUCCUUUCCCUGUGUGCAGCAGAGAACUCAAAGGGAGUAGGCACUCUGAGGAGGCCCAGGAUAAUUAUGGGUGUCAAUGGCCACAAAGAGGAAGCUGAUUUGGUUUUAAUUUUUUUUUUUUGAGACUGGAUCUCUCUAUGUAGCCCCACCAUAUAGACUGGGCUGGCUUUGAACUCAGAGAUCCACUUGCCUCUGCCUUCUGAGUGCUGGGAUUAAAGGCCUUGCCCGCAUGCCCACUUAAGAAACCUAUUUGGAUAGCUAAAUAAGAAUAACAAACAGAAAGAUAUCUGUACUGAGAAGACAGAGCCAUAGUGUCCAAUGCUGUUCACUAGAUUUUGCAACCACCUGGAUCCUGUUUGCCGAUACCCCUCAUCCGGAUUUCUGGGUCAUAAAGGGGGGAUGACUGGUCCUACUUUGUGGCAGACAGGGCAGUGUCCGAGGGAGCCUUUUUGUCCUUGAUUAUCUUUCCAUCCUGUUGGUAUCACCAAGGCCUCCCACAAAUGUACAAAUGUCCCUUCUGUCACCAGUCACCACUGCUGCCAGGAAACCACUGCCAACCCUUCGCUGUGUGUCCAUUUAAACUGCACUUGAUCAGCAUCAAGGAGAGAAGCUUUGUGGCAGUGAAGGCAGGUUGAGAAAUGCCCACGAUGCAUAGCUUUUCUUUCUUUGACAUGAUCUAGAACAAAAGACUAGAGUCAGUAUAGUGGGAUAUAUUGAGUGACGUAUAGGCACAAAGUAAAACGUCAUAAUUGGCAAGUGUUUGGAGUUAAAAGUUGCUGAAGAAAUGUAGGUGACAUGCACUGGGUCCUUUGGCACCUUUAAGGUAAAAUUCCUUUAUUAGCACAAGUGAUUCUGCCCCAGGACUUGUUAGUCUGACCUAUAGAAUGGGCCCGCCUGACAGUCUCAUUUUCAAUAUGUUCAAUGAUUCUGGUCCCCAGAGAAGGUGAGCAGAGCAAGGAGAAAUAAUGAUUGCAAAAUGCUAAAGCAAUACCCACCCUGAUUUAGCACUUCACCCCCUACUUCCCAGUAAAGGUUCAGUAUGAGCCAUGGUGGAUGGGAGAAUGUGUUCUUUCAGCAGCCCAAUGUCCUGGUUCUCACGUGUGAGCCACUCUGGGACUGAUGUACCAGGCCUAAUUCCAACUGAGCCCUCCCCUCAUAUGUCAAGUCUGCAGCUCUGCUCUUCUUUAGGGUGCUUUGUUCUUGUUCGUGGUACUUAGUGGAGCCAGCUGGGUGGCUUGAAUGGAUGGGUGUUCCUUACUGGCAAAUCUCUACAUCUCAGAGGCAGUGGUCCUAGCAGCCUGUUUAGUCAUGCUGGCUCAUCUCCCCUAGGCAGAAGCUCAGUCCAUGUGUGGGGAGACUCCUUUUCUUUCCUUCUGUUGUAUUAUGUCUUGUGAACCUCAAAAUCUUCUCCUUGAAGAGGGAGCUCCUUCCUUUCUGUGAACCACCUCACAGACUUGUUUGCUUGCCAUAGAGACAGGGUACUGCACCCCUCUUGAGGCUCUGUGGCCCUCCAGGCCCUGUGUACAUGUCAUCUGUAGCUCUUGGUCCUGACACUGUGUUAAUGCUGUGGCCCUUCAAGCUCAUCUUUCAAAGCCUUCUUAGUUGAUACAGCUUUUACUAAGGGGAAAAACACAAUCCUUUCAGAAUAUUGUGUGUACCUGAGGAGAACCUGUGAAAUAAACCUGUGUUGCUGUCACCGUCCUGACAUGUGUAUGUAUGACUUAGUACAUUCUCAACGGCAGAGUUUGGUUCACCAAAUUCUCAUGUAUGCUUGAAAGAGAAGGCUGACGCCUAACAGGCUGUCACCGAGUGUAUUUCUAUACUCUUUGAAGAAUAACAUUUUAAUAAAAAUUAUAAAGCUG